GACGAUGAUUUGGACGACAUCUUCAACUACGAUGCAGGUAUCAACGCGACUUUCAAUCAACAGCAAGAGGACGCCAACAACAACGAUACCGUCCAAGAUCAACAUGAUGUGCCGGUGAACAUUGAUGAGGAGGUCAAAGUCACCAAGAAGCGCAAACCAGUCGCCAAACUUGACGAGGAGCGUCUUCUUUCUCAACAGGGCAUUCCAAAGCUCCGCAAGAUCGCCAAAGACCGCAUCCGAAUCAAUGGCAAAGGCCACGAAUUCUCAGACAUGGCACGUCUCCUCAACACAUAUCAAUUAUGGCUGGACGACCUCUUUCCCAAAGCAAAGUUCAUGGAUGGUGUAUCUAUGAUUGAGAAGCUCGGCCACAAGAAGCGCAUGCAGAUGAUGCGAAGAGAAUGGAUUCAAGAGGGCAAGCCCAAACCACCACGCGACGAUGAUGAAGAGGACUUUGUCAUUCCAGACGAAAAUGCAGUACCAGAGAACAACGACGCUCACACCAGCGAGGAGCAGCCCGAUCACCCUGAAUCAAUGUCAGAAGCACAGUCAAAUGAAGGAGCACGGGCAAGGACCAACCAUAAUCCGUUUGGCGAAGAAGAGCCUGAUGAGGACGAAUUGGACGCGCUGUUGGCAGAGAGCGAGAGUGUAACAUUACCAACUACGAAACAGAACAACACACCACCCGCAGAUCAAGAGCCAGAUGAGGACGAACUGGAUGCUCUCAUGGCUGAGGAUGCAAUGAAUGAC